AUGGCCAAUCUAGACAUCACAAUUCCGGCUCUGAAGCUCAACAGUGGAGCCGCCAUUCCUAUGAUUGGAUAUGGCGUUGGUACGGCUUGGGGAAAGAAAGAGCAAGGGAAGGUCGAUCAGGCGAUUAUUGACGGUGUGAAGACUGCUAUCAAGCUUGGGUACUACCAUCUUGAUGGCGCGGAAUCAUACAAAAACGAGACUGAGCUUGGCCAAGCUAUUAAGGAGAGCGGUGUUGACCGCAGUAAGCUUUUCGUCACCACCAAGGUAUGGGAACCUACAGGCCAGGCGGGUGACAUUGAGCGGGCGCUCAAAGAGAGCUUGAAGAAACUCCAGCUGGAUUAUGUCGACCUCUACCUCAUCCACUCACCCUUCUGGGCGAAGUCGGAGCAGGAUCUACAGAAUUCGUGGGCUGAGAUGGAAGCGCUGCAGAAGUCUGGUCUCGUGAAGACCAUCGGUGUUUCCAACUACCGACCUCAGGACCUCGAUUCCGUGCUGAAGACCGCUCAAGUCAAGCCCGCCGUCAACCAAAUUGAGUUCCAUCCUUACCUCCAACGUCUGGAGCUUCUGGAUUACCACAAGAAGCACGGAAUUGCUACCACGGCUUACGGACCUCUCACCGCAGUCACCAGAGCAGCGCCCGGUCCAGUCGACGACGUUAUUGCUGGCCUCGAAAAGAAAUACGCCGUCAGUGCAGGCGAGAUCAGUCUCCGAUGGUGCAUCGAUCAGGACAUCGUACCGAUCACGACUUCAAGCAAAGAGCAGCGACUGAGCGACUAUUUGAGGGCCUUGACUUUCAAGUUGACGCCCAAUGAGAUCAAGCAGAUCAACGAGGCUGGUCAGCAGAAGCACUUCCGGGGUUUCUGGGGGAAGAAGUUCGAGCCUGACAGUCGUCUAUAG